ACAGUGUGAGCAGGUAUUUUUGUUUCCGGGGGGAGCAUUAACCGGGGAUGGGGCUGGUUUAUUACUCCAUCACUCCAUUCAAAACUAAAAGCCCGGCGGUCCCCGGCGGUAAGGUUCAUGGCUUAACACAGGAAUCCCAAUAGCGUAGUAUUUUGGCGCGCUCCGUCUCGCAAAGGAUCAUGGAGCCUUGUAGGUAGGUGCAGUUUUGCAACAGGCAAGAUUUGAACUAAAAAUUUAGUUAAUAUUUCAAAAAUAACGAAACUUAGCAUCAAAAACGGGCUGCUUCAAAUCUAGAAAGAGCGGUAUUUUGAAAGGUUACUUGAAGAAUGCCAAAAGAGAGCCAACGGAAUUAUAGAAGCCAUAGUUGUCAUCACGGAAAUCAUUUCCAUGGAAGACCUAGACAUAGAAAGCACACUCCAACCAAGGAAAGAGACAGUGUUAGGAUUUCAAAGGACCAGUACUCUGUGGUUAUUCAAAGUUGUGAAGAAAUGCUAUCAAACAUKCGCUCUCAAAUUGAUCUACUGCGUGCAGAACACCGUCCUAGAGAUCACGAUGAUGAUUCGUGUCGUGUUGCUUCGAGUUCAUCUAGUUCUUGUCGUUCGUUUGAAACUUUAUCUGGACUUGUUCCAAUUAAUGGACAACAUAGUGCUAUGAAUAGUGAUAGGCGAGAUAAUGAAAUUUCUAAUUUCCUUCCUCGUCUUCCUCCACUUUAUAAUCUCGGCAAACCAACUCAUUCCCCAAGAAAGAGCCGUCUUGAAGAUAUAGUCAGAGAUUUGGAAGAUAAAAGUAAACUCAAAGCUAGUGUAACAAAGAAUUCAAUAGACAAUGUGAUGUCACUGUCAAGCAGCUGCCAACUUCAACUAUUGGAAGUCUCACUACAAUGCCCUUUAUCUCAAGCCAAAAUCAAAGUUCCUAUUAAAACAACGACCUGUCAGCAUUUAAGAUGCUUUGAUGCAGAGUCUUUUCUAUCUAUUAUGAUAGGAAGUAAAAAGCUUUCUUUAUGGAAAUGCCCAAUAUGUUCAGCAUGUGCAGAGCUUGAUAAACUUGUUGUAGAUGAAUUUCUUCAAGAAAUAAUCAACACAACACCACAGGAAGCAAUGAAAAUUGAGUUUACUUCAAGUGUUAAUUGGCGAGUAAAGAAAGAAACUGGAACUCCAGUUUCAGUGAAAUCUCAACCAAAGGAAUUGAUAGAUUUAACGUAUUCUCCAAGGCCCAAGUCUGUUUUGAUAGACCUUACUGAUUCACCAUAGAAUACUGCCAAAGUACACAGACAAUAGACCAUGUUUUAUAAUAUUAUAUAUAAUAGCUGAUGCACUUUUGUUACAAAAAAUUUUAUAGAAACAAAGUAGCAAUAUCCGUUAGUAUUAGCAUAAAUAAUAGUUUAAGUGUUGAGUGUUAUAAAAUAGAGUCCCGUAUAUCCAUGAAGCAGAGUUGGUUAUAAGUUGAUUCAUGGCUAUAUUGGGUGCUCUCUAUUGGUUAUAUAUGCAAUUGGAUGAUGGUAAUUGAAGAUGAAGUUAUUGUACAAAAAAAAAAACAAUUAGAGAGAUAUAAACACAAUAAAAAUCUAGUGAAACAAUUUA